GGCACCGGCAGCGAGGAGGCGGCCGCGGCGGGGGCCGCGCCGCGCCAUGGCCCAGCAGCAGAUGAGCAGCUCGCAGAAGGCUCUGAUGCUGGAGCUGAAGUCGCUGCAGGAGGAGCCGGUCGAGGGCUUCCGCAUCACCCUGGUCGACGAGUCCGACCUCUAUAACUGGGAGGUGGCGAUCUUCGGGCCCCCCAAUACGCUCUACGAGGGCGGGUACUUCAAGGCUCACAUUAAAUUUCCUAUCGACUAUCCAUAUUCACCACCUACCUUCAGAUUCCUGACCAAAAUGUGGCACCCCAACAUUUAUGAGAAUGGAGAUGUAUGUAUUUCAAUUCUUCACCCACCUGUAGAUGACCCACAAAGUGGAGAGCUGCCAUCAGAGAGGUGGAACCCUACCCAAAAUGUCAGGACUAUCUUACUGAGUGUAAUCUCUUUGCUUAAUGAGCCCAACACAUUCUCCCCAGCCAAUGUGGAUGCAUCAGUCAUGUUCAGGAAAUGGAGGGACAGUAAAGGAAAAGACAAGGAGUACGCUGAAAUCAUAAGAAAACAGGUUUUGGCUACCAAAGCUGAGGCAGAGAAGGAUGGUGUGAAGGUCCCCACUACACUGGCAGAGUACUGCAUCAAAACUAAAGUGCCUUCCAAUGACAACAGUUCAGAUUUGCUUUAUGACGACUUGUACGAUGACGACAUUGAUGAUGAAGAUGAGGAGGAGGAGGAUGCCGACUGUUACGAUGACGAUGAUUCUGGCAACGAGGAGUCGUGACCUGCUCCCUCUAUGCCCCUGUACUGCCCUGCCGACUCAGGCCAGAAGGGAGCAGUGGUAACCUAGCAGCAGUCCAGCAAAAAAAGUGGGGGGGGAGGGGUGUCAAAAAAAAAACAAACAAAAAAAAAACAAAAAAAAAAAACCACAAAACUUUGUCUCCUGCUGUCUCCUGUUGUAUGGAUCUGUUUGCUCCUUUUUUAUGGACCUCUUAGAGACCCUCCACAGAAUGUCUGAAUUCUUGCAUUCUUAACCCUUUCAUCACUGUAUUACAAUUUCUUUUUAAAAAAGAAUCUCCCCUUUUCACUUCUCUACGAAACGCUCACAGCAAAACAGGUUUGCUUGUGUUUAGAUUCUUGAAUGAAAUACAGUCUUGCAUUGAGAUGUUAAAUGUAUUUAAAGCUGGAACAAACCCAUUGGAAACCAGGUUUUUGGGAGCUCAAAGUGCUGCAUUAACUGGGAAGAAAAAAAAAUCCCCACGAAGCAAAUUGCAAAGGUUUAGCUGCUCCAUUUAUAAUAAUAGCGUGUGUACAUUCGUUUAGCCUUGUGGUGGUGGCUUUUCCUUUAUAAGGUGUGGGGCAGAGAGUGUAAAGCUACUGUGUGUUGAGCUUGAUGGGAUGUCACUGAAAGGUACAGUAUUCCUUUUCAGCCUGCUAAGUUAGGAAAUAGUUGGCCCCUGGAGCCCCAGAGGGCAUAGUCAGCUUUGUCUCUGGAAAAGGCUUGUGAUAUGAACCCUAAAAUAAACACUUAACACUUCA